CAGCCCACAGCCCACAGCCCACAGCCCACAGCCCAAAGCUUUCAUCACACAGCUUUCUACCAAACAGUAUCUACUAUUCACAAUGUUCUCAGCAAUUCUCAAGAUCAUCGAGACUCUUCUCCCUCUGUUGCUGGCUAUGCGUCCUCAGAAGUUCAACCCAAAGAAGUAUGACCCGUCAGUCGCAUGGAAGUUGAUGCAGGCGGUCGCGCUCAUUGUCAUGCUUCUCGGCGGCGAAGACCCCGCAUUCUGGAAACAGUUUUUCGAGGUUGACAAUCCCGAUAUGCCCGCUGGUCUGCGCGUUACCAUUAUUGAGUUGUAUAUUCGCCCGUAUCAAGCUCUUCUGGAGUACAGCAAGAAUCGACGCCCGCAUGAUUCAAGCGACGAAGAGGAAGAUACCAUGGACGAAGAAGCAUCAUCUGCCGGAGCCGACGAAGCUGUCCUCCACGAGAUUCUUUUCGGCACAGGAUCGGGUCCCGAGUCAGACACGCAGGCAACAGCACCCCAGCCAGAGCCAGCUAGCAACUCAUACCUGAUGUCGAAAUGGGCAUCGUUGAAGCGUGCAUUCUUUCCCACCCGCGGCCAAGCCACCGAGUCGUCGUCCAGCAGCGAGUUGCCGUCCAUCAGCCACAACACUGAGUCGCCGUCUAACAGCCAAAACAUCAAGUCGCCGUCCAACGGCCAAAACAUGAAGUUGGCGGCGAUUCAGGCAUGGCGUCAGGCGCUUUCAGCUGGCCACCCAUACCUGAGACCUACGGCGACUCAGUCAACGCGUUCGGCAGUCCCAUAUACGCGCUCAAGCUUGCAGCCUACACCGAGUGAUCUCUCGCGUCCCACUGUGCCACUUGCCCGCUCAAGCUUGAAGCCUGCACCGGUUGAUAUGUCGCCGCAGGUCGAUUACUCGCGUCCGGUGUUACAGGUCAACUUUGCGAGGGAGCCGUUGGCUGAUCUGUUGGACCGUCCGACGUAUCCAUCAGUCUUGAACUCAAUUCCAACAAAGACUUCAUGGACGCGUCCGGCAGUGUCAGCUGGCAACCCGUACGUGAAGCCGACCUCGACUCAGUCAACAAGUCCGUGGGUGCCGACCAGGAGCCCGAUCAAGGCAAGACCAGUUCCGGUCUCGCAUAUGAAGAUGCCGACACUCAGCACAUUCGGUAUGACAUCAGCGACUCAGUCGACUCAUUCGGGGGUGCCCGCCCCGAGUGCGUCGCAGAGCGCUCCCACACUCGAGAACCGCCGCACAACUCUCAAUAUGGGAAAGCCGGUUCAGCCAGAGAAGCCAAAGACCAAGAUUUCGCAUCCGUUUAGCGCAUAUUCAAGACCGUUUGGACGAGGGUUUACGUUGAAGCAGAAGCAGACAUCGCAAGACCCAGUCUUGCAGGCUUUUGUUCCCCCCGCUCAAGAGAAGACGUCGGAGCAGACAUCGCAAGACACGCAAAAGGCAGUCUCACCUGCUCCCGUCUUUUCCACAUCGCGCAAACACUUCUGUCAAAGUGAAGGUGAAAACGACAGCAGCCCCCGUCCUUCGAAGAGACGUCGUUUCACAUCACCAGACAGCAGUCCGGAAUUCGAGGUCCAUGAGUUCUUGCCCGGAGCGCCCAACCGCGCAGAGCUCCCUCGUCCUAGUCCUCUAUACGGUGAGGCUACUGCCGCAGAGUUCCAGCAUCACCACCACGAGUCGGCCAACCAAUACUUCGGGGGUUGCGGAUCCCGAUAGUGGGCUCUCGAGCCCACAGAUGCGGUUAUCGGAAGAGGAGACAGCGCGCGAGCUGUCGACCUCUGCGGUUUCAGAGCCUUCACAUGUUGCGGACUACGCAGGGUAAGG